AAAUUACGGCUGCGACACCGCCGACGUGGACGAGCGCGACAAGGUGGUCAAGCCUUUGUGAACCGGCCUCCGUGGUCGGCUCCGACGGGGACGGCGAUGGCGACGGCGACGGCGACUGCGAGGGCAAACGGAAGUGGGUGGUGUUUACGUUAUAUUGGUCGAAGAGGGAGGGCGUCAGUCGAUUGACCGGUCAGGUGUAGAUAACGCGGAGCCUAAGCCGUGGGCCCCGUCGCUGGGAUUUUUGUUUUCUUUUCGUCGUUAACCCGUAUAAUUUGGAAGGAGGGGCGACGACACGACGGCCGAGGGGGAGAUAGAGAGGUUGGUUGAGGUUUGGGAGUUUGGAUUGCUUGGAUUUGAUCCCGUAAGAUCGUUCGACGGGCGGAGUGCGGAUGGUCGGGAUGAACGACGGUGGUGGAGGAGGGGUGGUGAGGGUCCCGGGACUCGCCGACGAGACGAACCCGACGGGGACGGGGGGCCGGGCGGUGGAGGUGGAUUACGUCCGUUGUUUCCACCGGCACGAGCCCAGUGAGAACCAGUGCAGCUCCGCCGUCUCCAAGCACAUUAAAGCCCCCGUCCACCUCGUGUGGUCUCUGGUUAGGAGAUUCGAUCAGCCUCAGAAGUACAAGCCCUUUGUCAGCAGAUGCAUCGUGCAGGGGGGCGUCGGCGUCGGGAGCCUGAGGGAGGUGAAUGUAAAAUCCGGGCUCCCCGCGACCACCAGCUUCGAGAGGCUGGAGCACCUCGACGACAAUGAGCACAUCCUCAGCAUCAGGAUCGUCGGAGGAGACCAUAGGCUCAAGAACUACUCAUCUAUCAUUACUGCACAUCCUGAAACUAUAGACGGGAGACCUGGAACUCUGGUGAUCGAGUCGUUUGUGGUGGAUGUGCCUGAUGGGAACACAAAGGAUGAAACCUGCUACUUUGUGGAGGCAUUGAUCAAGUGCAACCUUAAAUCAUUAGCUGACAUAUCGGAGCGCCUGGCAGUUCAGGAUUACACCGAGUCGAUCCACCACUAGAUAUAGUUUUUGUUCUGUUCCUUCUUUCUUGCUCUGAGAGCUGAUUAAAAUAGAUCAUCCACCCAUGAGGUUCACUAUGUGGAUGUUGCUGUGUGUGAAUAAUACCUAUGGCCGGGUUGUUUGUUCCCGGAGUUGUUUUCAUGUUGAGAUCAUCAUUAGGGCAUCAGCCGUGUCAGAGUAGAGAUACAAGGUGGUAAAGAUCAUCGGAUGUUGGAUCAUGAUGUUAAAAUCUUUGGUGCAUGAUAGAGACUGGAGAUGCACUUUGUAGUUACUAUGUUGCGAAUAGAAAACGGGGAUUUGCCGAA